AUGUUAUUCUCAAAGGUAUCGGUAUUGACGGCAUUGGCGGUAGUGGCCUCGGCUCAAGCGAUCCCUGGACACCCAGCGCCAGCUCCUGCCCCUGCUCCAGCUCCAGUGCCGCCUACGGAUUCCACUAGCGAAACCGAGGCAUCGCCCUCAGCUUCGGAAUCUUUUUCGGCCACGAGAAAACCAAUUCAGACCCCGGAACCUCAACCUCCCAUCGCCACUCCUGAACCAAAGUCAUUGGACACCUUGUCGUCGGUAUCUCCCCAAGUGUCGCCAUCUGAAUCUUCUUCUUCGACCUCGGAAGCUGCUUCCGAGUCAUCUGAAUCUUCGGUUGUGUCUUCUUCUUCUGUUGAAACGUCGGCUUCGGUGGCAGAAACGUCGCUGCUGCCUUCCCCCAGUGAAUCUGCUUCUGAACAAUCUUCUUCGGCUUCAUCUGAAUCCUCGGCUCUGUCGAGUGAACAAUCGUCAAUUGCUUCCACUUCGUCUGAAGUGCCUUCUACCAUCCCUGAAGGCCCCCUGUCUUCCUCCAGUGCUACUGAGUCGACUGGCGAAACCUCCGUUGAGUCUCCUAUCGAAUCUUCAAGCGCUGUUGAAUUGCCAAUUGAAUCGUCGUCGUCACAAUCGGUAUUAGAAACCUCUUCCUUGGCUCUGGAAUCGACAUCGUCUUCAGAGGAAAAGCCCACUGAGUCUUCCUCUGAAGUGAAGCCCACUGAAACCUUGUCUGAAGCUAAGCCUACUGAUACUGAGGAAAGACUUACACCUUCCUCCUCGACCGUCGAGGAACAACCCACCGAACAAACUCACGAGGAAACCUCCACUGAACAACCGACCGUUGAAAACACCUCUCUGCCUGAGGUACCAGUGGAAGCAACGUCAUCUUCUGAAGAAGAGGUGGUGACCACUGACAUUUGGCUCACCAUCACCACGGGGACUAAAGCGUGUGACACUUGUCUGGAAUCAAUCAUCACUACUUCGAUCCCCGUUGAAGUAUCGCCUACGGUUGAGGGCUCGGAGACUAAGCUCGUCACUAAGGAGAAACACCCUGAAGUCACCGUCACCGUUACUUGUGAAGAAGCCAAGUGCCACGAAACUACCAUCACCAACUGGAGCACCGAAUCCACGCCACUUACUCAAAAAACCGUUGAAGCUGAGUCGUCGCUGGAACCCGAUAUCACUACGUUUGUUACCAUCACGUUACCCGCUACUGAAGUCGCUUGCUCUGAGGGUGAAUCGUGUCUGCUGAAGACGGUAAAGCCCGAACAAGUGUGCCAAGGCGACUCCUGUACCACCACCACCCCCACUGAUACUAAGGCCCCCGAAACUGCCCCGGAAACCAUUUCCGAGUCUGCCACUGGGUCUACUGCCUCUGAAGAACCCACUACUACUUACACUAAGACGUUGGCGGUGACGGAAGUCAGCUGUGGGCCCGAUGAAGGCUGCGAACUGAAGACUGUACAACCAGCAGUGGUGUGCCAAGGCGAUGACUGUGAGACCACUACCUACACGUCCUACAUCGACGUGUACGUCACCCAAAGUCUGAGCCUGCUUGCUGGUGCGGAAAUCAUCCCUACCUCGCUGUUCCCGGAAUUUGAGGGUGGUGCUUCGAGCACUCAAGCCUCGGUGGCGGCGGUGGUGAUGGCAUUGGUGCCUCUUUUCCUUCUCUGA